GGGAAAAGAUGGCAGCUUCCUUUUGUGGUAGGGGAUUUACAAUACUCUUAGCGGAGGAUUAGGCAUAUUUUCCAGAGCAUACACAGGUCUCCAUUACAGACUUGGAUGAUCUAAUAUCGACAGAGGAGAAGUUUGUGCCGAAGAACAUGGAGAAGUCCGGCAGCAUCGACAGUUUGGGCUCGAAGCAAUCCUCUUCUCGACAACCGAGUGUCGAAUCAUUGGCCAGCUCUUCCACUUCUCGCUCUGACCGUUCGGCACAGUCUAAACCCCCUUCUGCCCUUUCCUCUGACUCUGUGGCUGCAGAGUUCUCCCCAGAGAUCAGGGUAAAGACCAAAACUCAUACAAAGGUUCUUAGAGAUUCUGAUAAAGGGGAACCACUGCUACUUCCAAAUGAGACUGUGCAAGAUAUGGCCCAAGAUGUCACCUAUUUUUGUCCUUUCACUGGAGCACUGCGUGGAAUUGUCACAGUUACCAACUACAGACUGUUCUUCAAAUGCAUGGACAGGGAUCCCUCUUUUGUGUUGGAUUUGCCUCUUGGGGUUGUGAGUCGUAUUGAGAAGAUUGGCAGUGCGUCAAGCCGCGGUGACGUAUCCUAUGGACUAGUGUGUAAGGAUAUGCGCAAUUUGCGAUUUGCUCACAAACAAAUGGAUGACACGCUCCGGAAGUCAAUUUUUGAGGUGUUGAUGAAAUUUGCGUUUCCUGUUUCCAACGGGCUGAAAAUAUUUGCCUUUGAGUAUGGACAAGUGUUUCCUGAGAAUGGAUGGAAGGUGUAUGACGCAGUCUCUGAAUACAAAAGACAGGGAAUUCCCAAUGAAAGUUGGAGGGUUACAAAAGUAAACGAUCAUUACGAGCUGUGCGACACCUAUCCAUCAACUCUGGUAGUCCCCGUCAACAUUCCUGAUGAGGAACUGAAGCGGGUAGCGGCCUUCCGGGCAAAGGGAAGGAUGCCUGUGCUGUCAUGGAUUCAUCCAGAGAGUCAGGCAACCGUUACACGCUGCAGUCAGCCCAUGGUUGGAGUAAACGGCAAGCGUAGCAAGGAGGAUGAAAAAUACCUGCAAACCAUUAUGGAUGCCAAUGCCCAGUCACAUAAACUCUUCAUUUUUGAUGCUAGGCCCAGUGUCAAUGCUGCUGCUAACAAGAUGAAAGGUGGCGGGUAUGAAAGCGAGGACGCUUAUCAAAAUGCUGAGUUAGUGUUUUUGGAUAUUCACAACAUCCAUGUAAUGAGAGAGUCACUCCGCAAGCUGAAGGAUAUUGUUUACCCCAACAUUGAGGAUUCUCACUGGCUUUCCAAUCUGGAGUCCACCCACUGGCUUGAGCACAUCAAGUUGAUUCUCGCAGGAGCGCUGCGUAUUGCAGACAAGGUAGAAUCCGGCAAAACGUCUGUGGUGGUGCACUGCAGUGACGGCUGGGACCGAACGGCACAGCUGACCUCAUUGGCCAUGCUCAUGCUGGACGGUUACUACCGCACCAUUCGUGGAUUCCAGGUGUUGCUCGAGAAGGAAUGGCUGAGCUUUGGCCACCGCUUUCAGCUGCGUAUCGGCCAUGGCGAUAAGAACCACACAGAUGCAGAUCGCUCACCUGUUUUCAUUCAGUUCAUUGACUGUGUCUGGCAGUUGACUCACCAGUUUCCUGCAGCUUUUGAGUUUAACGAAUACUUUCUGGUGACCAUCUUGGACCAUCUGUACAGCUGCCUGUUUGGGACAUUCCUGUGUAACAGCGAACAGCAGAGGAUGAAGGAAGAGGUUCCAAAGAGAACAGUGUCUUUGUGGUCGUACAUCAACAGUCAGCUGGAGGAGUUCAGCAAUCCUUUGUAUGUGAACUUCUCCAACCAUGUACUGUUCCCUGUAGUCAGCUUGCGCCACCUGGAGCUCUGGGUAGGCUACUACAUACGUUGGAACCCUCGCAUGAGGCCUCAAGAACCUGUUCAUCAGCGCUACAAGGAACUGCUAGCCAAACGUGCAGAGCUGCAGAAGAGAGUGGACGAGCUGCAGCGAGAUGUGACCAAUCGCUCAGCAUCUUCUUCCUCUGAUAGGGCGGGCUCCCCAACGCGGUCCAUCACCCCAGUUCAGACCUUCGUUUGACCACACUUCUGCCUGAUAGAGGUUGGCAUAUAGUCCACAUAUAAUGAUUUCAAAUCCUGUGCACCAAACUGUCUCUCGGGUAAAAAAAUGUGUGCUUAAAGUCUUGCUAAUAAUCUAGUAAAACUCAAAAGUGUGCUUCCAAUGGUGUGUGUACAAAUAUCUACAAAUACUUAGCAUCAUUUAUUAGAUUGACUGACCGCCGAUCAGUAUUGUUAGAUUUUGGAUAUACUAAAAUAUUAAUCUUGUAACAUAUUUAUGCAGUGUUGCUUGCCACUAAUACAUUUGGCACUACCUUUUUGCCGGCAUUAAUGAAUUGCGAUAGCUCUGCUUCUUAACUCACCUCAUGCAUACCAGGUCUGCCAGAGAGUAAGAAGACGUAGCAGGAAGGAGGUAACGCAAAAGUGUUGCCAUUAAUGCUAUAUUAUUUAAUAAGUAUUUUGACCCCUCAAGAUUGUUUAUCCCAAAAAGCGACUAGCAACAAAUCUAGCAACUUUUUCGAGUCUAAUUGGACCCUUUUGGAGAAUCUAACAUGAAAUCACCAAUCGCUCUUCUCAACGAGAAUCGGGUCUUGCUGUGGACCACCAUCCCAUCUCACAGCCCUCACAAGCAGCCCUGUCUUGCCUGUGAGUCUUUGACAUAAAAAAAAAAAAAAAAAAAAACAAGCGACAAAAGAAAGCUUUGUAGUAUUUUUAAACACAUUUGUUUUUUGUUUUUUUUGUCACUUGUCUCUACCGCAGACAAAUUUACAUGCACAUGUGUCAUCAUGACCUGUUGUGCAAAUUAGAUAAUGAUGUCAUCUAAAUUAUAUUUGUUUUGUGUCUUUAACACUAAAUUGCAGUUGGGGAAUUUUGCCUAUCGUUCGAAAUCAUAAUGAAAGACAUGAGGGAUGUAUUUCUUUUUAAUGCAUUUUAAAUAGUAAAUAAAUGUGAUCAGAAAGUCAGCUUACAAUGGCACCUAUGGAAGCCACUGAAUACUGCCUAUAAAGCCCUUAAAAAACAUCCAAACACCUCCAUUAAGGUUAUAUAUAUAUAUAUAUAUA